AUGUGGUGCGUCCUGCGAGGCUGGCGGGGAGGAUGCCUGGGCCCAUGGGGAGCCCUGGGGGCGCAGGGUCCCCGGGGCCUCCGCGCUCUGGCCAGCAAGCGCCCCCGGAGCCGCGGCGACUACAGCCACGUGGUGGUGGGUGCGGGCUCCGCCGGCUGCGUGCUGGCGGGCCGGCUCACGGAGGACCCCGAGCAGCGCGUGCUGCUGCUGGAGGCUGGGCCCAAGGACAUGUACGCGGGGAGCAAGCGGCUCCGCUGGAAGAUACACAUGCCCGCGGCCCUUGUGGCCAACCUGUGUGACGACACGUACAACUGGUGCUACCACACCGAGCCGCAGGCGGGCCUGGACGGCCGCGUGCUAUACUGGCCGCGGGGCCGCGUCUGGGGCGGCUCGUCGUCGCUCAAUGCCAUGGUCUACGUGCGCGGGCACGCGGAGGACUACGAGCGCUGGCAGCGCCAGGGCGCCGCGGGCUGGGACUACGCGCACUGCCUGCCCUACUUCCGCAGGGCGCAGGCGCACGAGCUGGGCGCCGGCAGGUACCGCGGGGGCGACGGGCCCCUGCGCGUGUCCCGGGGCAAGAGCGGCCAUCCGCUGCACCACGCGUUCCUGGAGGCGGCACAGCAGGCCGGCUACCCCCUCACCGAGGACAUGAACGGCUUCCAGCAAGAGGGCUUCGGCUGGAUGGACAUGACCAUCCACGAAGGCAAGCGCUGGAGCACGGCCUGCGCGUACCUGCACCCAGCACUGAGCCGCCCCAACCUCACAGCCGAGACCCAGACGUUUGUGAGCAGGGUUCUGUUUGAAGGCCCCCGUGCAGUGGGUGUGGAGUACAUCAAGAACGGCGAGAGCCACAGGGCUUAUGCCAGCAAGGAGGUGAUUCUGAGUGGAGGUGCCAUCAACUCUCCACAGCUGCUCAUGCUGUCGGGCGUGGGCAAUGCAGACGACCUCAGGAAACUGGGCAUCCCGGUGGUGUGCCACCUUCCUGGAGUUGGCCAGAACCUCCAAGACCACCUGGAGAUAUAUAUCCAGCAGGCAUGCACCCGCCCCAUCACCCUCCACUCUGCACAGAAGCCCCUGAGGAAGGCCUGGAUUGGCCUGGAGUGGCUCUGGAAGUUCACAGGGUAUGGCGCCACGGCCCAUCUGGAAACGGGGGGUUUCAUCCGGAGCCAGCCUGGAGUCCCCCAUCCGGACAUCCAGUUCCACUUCCUGCCGUCCCAGGUGAUCGACCAUGGGCGGGUCCCCCCGCAGCAGGAGGCUUACCAGGUGCAUGUGGGGACCAUGCGGGGCACAAGCGUGGGCUGGCUCAAACUGAGAAGUGCCAACCCCCACGACCACCCUGUGAUCCAGCCCAACUACCUGUCAACAGAAACUGACAUUAAAGACUUCCGCCUCUGUGUGAGGCUGACCCGGGAGAUUUUUGCACAGAAAGCCCUGGCACCAUUCCGGGGGAAGGAGCUCCAGCCGGGAAGCCACGUCCAGUCGGAUGCUGAGAUAGACGCCUUCGUGCGGGCGAAGGCAGACAGCGCCUACCACCCCUCGUGCACUUGCAAGAUGGGCCAGCCCUCCGACCCCACGGCAGUGGUGGACCCACAGACCAGGGUGCUCGGGGUGGAAAACCUCAGGGUGGUCGACGCCUCCAUCAUGCCCAGCGUGGUCAGUGGCAACCUGAACGCCCCCACCAUCAUGAUCGCAGAGAAGGCAGCCGAUAUCAUCCAGGGGCGGCCGGCACUCUGGGAUGAGGAUGUCCCGGUCUACAAGCCCGGGACCCUGGCCACCCAGCGCUGAGG